AGCUUCUGCACCGGAGACAAAUUCCUCGCGUGUCCAAUCACACUGGGCCAAUCAAGAACUCUUAUUCUAUUCUAAAAUAAAAAUAAAAUUAAAUUAAAAAAAAAAAACAACCAGCCUAACUCCUUGCCAAACAAAUAAAUAAAUAAAUCCCCUUCCUGGUGCAUGAAGUGCCCUUUAAGGGGCGGGGACGAGAGGAGAACCGCCCCGCCCCCUUUGUCUGACGUCACAAGCCCCGCUCUCUCCCCGCCCCUCCGGGGAAGCUGUACCUGGGGAAGGUGAUGAUGGUGGUGACGGCGGCGGAGAUGCAGGUCCCGGGGCGAGGCUGAGUUCCGGGGCUCUUUCACACGUUCAGAACCCGUGCCCCCGGCUGAUCCAAUGCUCCAGCGCCAUGCUCCGCCGAUUCCUGGACCGGCCUUGCACCCUGGCGCUCCUGAUUGGAUUCCAGUUCCUCUUCAUGGCCUACUUUUCCUUUGGCGGCUUCCGCAACCUGGCCUCCAUCUUCGGCCGGGACACCAGCCCCUCCUUCGACUAUUCCCGCACGCACGACGUCUACACCAACUUCAGCCUGGUCUUCCAGCUGCCCCCUCGGCCCAGCACCAACAGACCCUUGCCCUACUGCCCGGAUCGGUCCCCGCACCUGAUUGGCCCUUUGAUGGUGAGUUUCAGCCAGGUGCCCACACUGGAGAAGAUUCAGGAGAAAAACCCGGCCGUCGAAUUAGGAGGCAGAUACCGUCCUUUCAGCUGUGAGUCCCGCUCACGGACGGCCAUCAUCAUCCCCCACCGCAACCGGGAGACUCACCUCCGACACCUGUUGUACUACCUACACCCUUUCCUCCAGCGCCAACAGCUACAUUACGGAAUUUAUAUCGUGCACCAGGCCGGGAACGCCACUUUCAACCGGGCCAAGCUUCUCAACGUGGGCGUGAAGGAAGCUCUGAAGGACGAAGAAUGGAACUGCCUUUUCCUUCACGACGUGGAUCUGAUCCCGGAGAACGACCACAACCUCUACGUGUGCGAUCGUUGGAACCCCAAACACGUCUCCGUCGCCAUGAAUAAAUUCAAAUACAAGCUCCCGUAUUUCCAGUAUUUCGGUGGGGUCUCAGCCUUGACCCCAGACCAGUAUCUGAAGAUUAAUGGUUUCCCCAACCAGUACUGGGGCUGGGGUGGGGAGGACGAUGACAUCGCCAUGAGGGUGCGCUUCCGAGGGAUGAAGAUUUUACGGCCUCCGGUGUCGGUCGGCCAUUAUAAAAUGGUGAAACACGAAGGCGAUCAAGGCAACGAGCAGAAUCCACACAGGUUCGAUCUGCUGAUCCGGACAUACCGGACAUGGUCCCAGGACGGCAUGAAUUCUCUCUCCUACAAGCUCCUGUCCAAAGAGUUGCUGCCCCUUUACACCAACAUCACCGCCGAUAUUGGUACCAAUCCCAAGGCCAUCAAGAUCGGAAAGGGCUCCUUGUCUGAUUUUGUCGAGAGGGGCUAUCCGCGAGACAGCAAUCACAAUUUCCGUCAGGAGAUGCUCCGUAAGACCCCCUUCGCCAAACUCUCCCAAGCCAUGGGAUGGAAGGAGCCCCCUGCGGUGACGGAAAAAAAGGGGGAGAGGCCAUCCCCAAUCUCAGCAAACCCCAAACCGAGCCCCGGAGCCCAAAAGUGGGGGAAAGGAUCUGCUGCUUCGACCUACAGCGACAUGGACGCUACGCUCGAAACGUUCAGUGAGACCGUCCACAGCCCGGAAGUCGCCAAACGAGUUUUCGAGGAUAGCACGGAGACCGUCCGACCCGAAGGAGCAGGCCCAGCUUCGCCGCAACCCUCGAUCCGACACACCGCCCAGCGCUCGGCUCCCCGACCCGACUCUACAAACCACACAGAUGCCAGAACCGCAGAUUAAAAAAAAACGAUGACAGGUCGAUGGUCAACGAGAGGUCGAAAUUUAGAAUUAUUCUUUCGUUCCCUGCUCGGAGUUUGGGGAGGAUCCGUCGUAGUUUCUCCCCAGGCCAACGGAGCCAAAGGACUGGAUGGAGGUGAAGUGGACGGAGAAAGGGGCAGGUGAACGGGGAAGAGGUAGGACGGCCACGGGAAUCCCUCGAGAAUUUGGUUCCCGUAAUCUGUGAAUGCCGGCCGAUUCUUCCUUCCCAGAUGCAGGUAAUCAACCAAGGGUCCCUUUUUCUAUCUCAUGCUUCGCAGGACUGGAUCCCGCUCGGAGGUGACUGGAAGAACAGGAAUGAUCAACUGGAGGGGGGGGGGAAGGAGAGGGUACUUCUCGUCUCCAAGUUUUCUGUGGAUGAAUUAUUUUUUGGGGGGGGGGGGAGAACUCUGCAGUUUCCGUGAAUAGCAGUCCGAUCAAGCCCUCGCCGUCCACUUUGCACCCUUCUUAAAAGGGGGGGAGGGCUGAAGCUUGUGCCCCCCCCCUCCAAGCACCAGGAAAGCAUAACUGGCUUUGCUCAAUUUUUUUCUUCUUUGGGGGGAGAAAUCUACUCCCACCCUAGCGGUGCCCUCCCUCCCACAAAUGCGAGCCAGCUAGGAUCAAGGAACAGAGGGGGGAGAUUUUGUGAUGGAAGGACACUCCCCCCCCCCGACCCUCAGCCUCUUCUCAGGUGCAAAAAAAUCUGUCCCCUCCCCCCUGGAUUGAAAGAGAAACAGACUAGACAUUUAAACAGCGUCAAAGCUAUGCUGCUGUCUGAGCCGUUCGCUUGUACAAUCUUUGUCACUAAACUAUUUCUUCUUCUUCAUCUCUUCUUUUUCUUCCUCACCUCUUCUCCAUCUUUUUUCUCUCCAUUUCUUGUCUUCUCCUUCCUCUCCAUCUCAUCUUUUUUCUUUCUCUCCUUUUCUCCCUUUAUUUUUCCAUCCCCUCCCUGUUGUCUCCUUUUCCCUUUUUCG